GAAGGAGAGACGUCGAGGGAUGGGGGAGAGCGCGCUAUCGGCGAGCACCUCGGCUCGACCGAGUCGGCCGCCGUCGGCCACGAUCAGCGGAACGCAGUUCGUAUCGGACCUCCGUCGUAGUCGGAUCGUAACGUUCUGUCGCGCUGUGCUCCGUUUUCUUUCUCUCUCUCUUUCUCUCUCCUCUCUCUCUCUCUUACCUUUCUUUCUCCUCCCUCCCUCCCUCCGUCUACCCGCCUGCUCCCCAUCAACGACCACCGAGUUCCACCCAGCGGGAAGCAACGGAGCUUUUCCUCGAACAAGGCGCGGUGUGCGCUCGUGUGUGAAGUGUACCUCGCCGAUUGAAAGGUGCGACGGAAGGAGCCGUGUGUUGUACCGCGAGUCGGCAGCACGCGUGGAGCAGUACCGACGUGUGAUCGGCCGGCCGUUAUUCUCGUCGUUUCCCGUACCUAUCGUGCGCGCCUUGGAUACGCAUGCACGCAUGGACAAGCAACAACGACGACGACGCGGCACUGCCCAAUGAUGGCCGUGCCGGGCUUCACCGUUGACGUAGUGAUGUAUUAUUAGUGGUGCGCGUCGCGGGAAAGUGUGGUGCCGCCUCGCUUCUGUCCGGUAAUCUGUGUCUCCUCCGCGAACCGUGCGGCCGAUAAUAACGCGGAGAGUGUAGCCAGUGAUCGCAGGGUUCGACGGGAAGGCACGAUACGUUACACCACGUAUUUCGGCCCCUCCGUGUGUUGCGUGAGUGAGAGUUUCAUAUCAGUGCAACGACCGUUUUUCGCUCGCUCUGUGGAUUAUCAUAUUGGAUAUUACUGGUACGCGCUCCGACGACUGGUCGCAGCCCGACGAGCGUCGCACGCCCGAUCGACGUUCAGAUUCUGCCUGGCAAAGUCACCCCCGGUGGUGUCCCGUGAGAGAAAGGAAGUGCGGAGAAACGACGGGGGGAGACCCAAUUACCGGGUUCGAUUUCUCUCACGUCGUCCGUCCGAGAACGGAGUUCACUCGAUUUCGGAGAUAAGGUUCGACGAAUGGGAAUUUAUACGUCCUUGAUCCAUCCCUGAAGUGGGUCUCUAACACGUUAUAGUGCAGUCUGCGUAACGACCGUUCAACGUAUGGCACUGCAAUGAACAAGAUGCAGAGACAAAGCCGGCGCGGUUCGGAGGUGGAGGUUGCGCUUAUGCGCCCCGUAAGCACAGCUGGCUAAUAGCCACGGAGCCCGACACAUCCCGCAGCCACACCAGAAUAGCAGUCGGCGUGACAUGGAUGUGAGCUUCACGAACGUGUUAGAGGGGGCUCGCCAGUACUUCCAGGGAUUGCCCGUGCCGAGUACAGGCGGUGGAGCCGCGUCGGUGGAUCACAGCCUCGCGACUUCCGCCUCGUCCACGUCGGCGACGACGCACGAUCAUGGCGCCUCGUCGCAGCCGAUGGCGGCGGCUUCCGCCAGCGGUGGCAGCGGCAACGGUAUCCAAGAGUCGAGCCGUUACCCCACCGACGUCAGACCGUCGUCGGUGGAGGGCGGCGCUACGAGUUCCAGUGCUUUCUGGAAUCCGCACGUAGAACCUUACCCGCCGCAGCCGACGAAGGUCGAGGUACCGGACACGAGGCCGGGUGACGAAGGCGCCGCCAUGGAGCCCAGUUCCUCCUCCAGCGUCACUCUAACCGAGAUGCAACCUUCUAAUCACCAGUCCUCGUCAUCUUCCUCCUCCGCAACCGCGUCAUCGAACUUCUCGCAGAGGCCGCCGACGUCGUCCGCUUCCUCCUCCGGCGAGCACCACCAUCCUCCGAGCUCGACGCAACACAUGCAGCCGCCACAUUCCCCCGGGCCUGUGUACCAGCAGCUCAACAACGUCAGCAGGACGUCCUUCACCGCGGCGGAGAUGCUCGCGUCGUCGCACACCCCGACCUACCAGACCGCCAACGAUCGACAGUCCCAGCCGAUCGUCGCGCAGAGGACCCAGUACUACCCGCGUUACCAUCAUCCGGACAUCACGAAGAGCGCGCCGGCACCGUUCUCGCAGAGUUCCAUCUACCAGUCGGCCAACGUGGCGCUGGCGUCCACGAGCGCGAUCCAGCAACCGAGCACGAGGCCGACGCCGGUGGAGCAGAGCAACGCUCAGUCGCAUUGCGCGCCGGAACGACUGCCCGGCACUUACGGCAACGUGCCGCCGUCUCAGAGUCCUCUCGGCGGCUCCGCGGUCUACGAUUCCUCCUCCUCCUCCUCGUCCUCCUCCUCCUCUCAGAGUUACCGCAUGGGUCAGCAUCAUCAGUCGAUUCGCUUGGCUGCUUCCGCGAGCGUCAGCGACCGAUCGCAGCACUCUUCCGUCGCCGCUUCCUCCUCCUCCUCCUCCUCUUACAUCUCGUCGCCGAUAUGUACGACGAAUCCGUCGGUCAGCACGCGUCAGCUCGGUGGCAGCUCCUCCGGUCACAUUCCUUCGUCGCAGAAUCUUCCGGGGCACAUUCCUUCGUCGCACCAUCAUCCUCAGCAGCAUCAACCGUCGCACAUGCAUCAUCCUAGUCGUAUAAACCCGUCGUACGGAGGUCGCUCGUUACCGCACGGCGGCGCCUCGUCGGUCCCGGCGGCCGGUCACUCGCAGAUGCCACCGCCUUCGACGAACCUGAGCGGUUACCACGCGGCACCGUCGCCGCCGCACCGGCAGUCGCACACCGGCUUCCAGCCGCAUUCGCCGACCUAUCCGCCGCCGCCGAACCGCUCGACGUCGUCGUCGACGUACAACCUGCCGGCCAGCUCGCAGCAUUACCAGCCGCCGACGGCUUACGGGAGCAACAACCCUUACGCGCCGCCGCCUUCCCCGUCUUCGUACCAUUCCUUCCAGAAGACCCCGGCGCAGCCGACGAGCUACUACUCGCAGCCCAGCCGAUCGUACGGCAUGCAGCAAAUGUUGCCGCAGACCGCGUACCCCGCCGGCAGCAACUAUCAGCAGGGCAAGCACGCCGCGACGUACAACGGCGCGGACGCGAAGAGGAGCGCGAUGGACGCGCCGUACGGGACGACCCACCGCUCGGCCGUGCAGAGGAGCGGCAAUACGCACAACCUGCCGCCCAUCGCCGCACUCUCCUCCUACCAUUCCAACAGGAGCCGCGAGCCGGUGGGCGCCAAGUCGGCGCAACGGCAACGGGCGAAGAUGGUCUCCUCGAUCGCGAUGCAUCCGCAGAGGGUCGCGCCGACGGUGAUGAUCCCGGUGAACGGCAGGACGACCACCGUGACGAACCUGUCGUACGGCAGCCGGUACGCCGGCCAACAGAGCUACCCGUCUUACGCCACGACGAUGGCGCCCAGUCAUCACGGCAGCAACUCGACCAGCAGCACCACCGUCACCUCCAUCGGCGGCGGUACCGCGAGAUCUUCCGUUCCAGCCGGCGGGAUUCACGCGUAUCAGUCUUCCGACGAGACCGACCGGUCGGCCGGAGCAUCCUCCUACCAUCACCAUCAGCCGUCGGCGCGAACGACCGAGGGUGGUUACGCCUACAAGGAGUAUCCUCCUUACCAGAGCACCACGUCGUCGUCCAGCGGGCAGCAACCCGGUCCAACCAUGGCCAGUUCCCCCUCGUCGUCCGGCAGCGCGGUGCGGAAGCGAGAGUCCCCUCUGGACCUGUCCGUGAAGACGGUCAAGACGUCCGCUGAUUCGACGGCGCAGGACGAUCUCGAAGCCACCAGCACGGACAAGCACGUGAGCAGCUCGAACGUGAGCAGGUCGAUGCCGCCUCCGCAGCCGUUGUACCCGUCGUCCUACGACUCGCGGCCGUCGAGCAACGGCAGCUCCGUCAGGAAUUCGAUCACCUGCGUUCGCACGUCCACACCUCAGGCGGUCUGCGCGCCGAAGGUUGAUUUCUUGCCUGAUUUCAACUCGGCGCCGUUGCGCCACCAGGCUCAACCGCCGCACGAGCACGCCGUGCUUCGGAGGAGCGCCGCGCAACAACAACUGUACGUUCCACCACCCUCCCAACCGUCGCACCACGCCAACAACACCGCCCCACUGCCUCACAUGUCCACGUUCAAGAAGCGUCCACUGCCCACGACGCAGAUGUACGACAGCCUGUCGAUAGCGCCACCGCCACCGUCCUCCUCCUCCUCCUCCUCGACAUCGUCGACGUCAUCUUCGUCGUAUCUCCAACCGAACGACUCCAUGCCUUCGAGGUUCUCCAAGUACCCGCCGAUGGUGGACCCGUCGCGCGUCGGCUCGGCCGCGUUGCCCGCGCAGGACUACCCGCACGACCCGGCCAAGUAUUACUUGGAUAACAAGAGCAAGUUGGGUCAGCAGUACCUUCAGCGUGAGCGGGGGCCCUUCAAGAGACUCGGCGAGCCUUUGUACCCCGGGCCCAGCAAGCAACCUAGGCUCGCUUGGCCGGUGACCGCUGACAAGCCGAUCGAGCAGAAGCUGUCGACCACGAGUGCGUUGAACGAGCAACAGAAACGGCAGGAGGUGAGUCUGCCGGCCCCGAACGGGGCGCUGAUGACACCCGCCGCUUACGAGCAGAGACCCGACAGCGGCUACUCCACGCCGGAAUCGUCCAGGUACCAGCAAGCAUACUGUGAUAAGAGGAACUAUCCGGAUUCCAAGAUCGUGCGAAGCUCGCCGACGUACAGUCACCCGGUGAUCUCGAAACCCUCCUCCGCGCCGCAGCAUCUCACCACCGCUCAGCCGACGUACUCGAGCUACCGGCAGGCUCAGAAGACGACGUGUCCGCCGGUGGGAACGUCCGGCGGCCAACCGAUGGAUCAACCUAGCAAUACCGGCGCCGACAAAAGGGUGCUGAACUUGCUCAGGAACAGUUUGGAGAACAAGCAGCAGAGGGAAGAGCAGUUGAACAGCCAGCAGCCUAUUUUGGUCAACCAUAGUCAGCAGAGCUUCCAGAAUAAGGUCGUCGCGCCAGUCGAGCCCAAAACCAACAUCGGCAGACACAACCUGUCGCCGUUCACGGCUGCGAAUCUGCUGGAGCGUAACAGCAACACACCGCCGCAUUACAAGUUCCACAUGCCGCGGGCGGUAGACUCGAUCACUCAGGAGGCGGCGCCCCGCAGCCUGUACGGCUCGAAACUGAACGCGUCCGCCACGUUACCCGGCAAGGAGGCCCUCUUGGGACCUCGCGGUGCCGAGAAUCAGAUCCACCGCGACAAGGACGACGGCCUCGCUGCCAUGUUAGCCGCGAAGAUCAGGACGAAGGCGGAAUUGAAACAAGUCGGGACGGGCCAUUUCGCGACAAAAGCACCGCUCUUACCGCCCCAGGACGCGUCGCCGACGCCGAAAGCGACUGAUAGCGCGGCCUCGACGUCGACGCCACAAUCCGGCUCGUCCGCGGGCAGCCCGCCGAAAUUAACGCGCGAGAAGACAACUUGCCUACCACCCAGAAGACGUCUGUUCUCGAGAACCGAAGAUGACAACAUGCCGGUUGCGGCGACGGUACCCGCGGCGGCGCCGGCAGCGGCGAAUACGGGCACAGUUGCGUCCGCAGUGCCGGCCAGGGCGAGCGGAUGCAGAAGCUCGUCCGAGACGUCGGUCUUUGAUUUCCGCGAAAGUGACUCAGAGGGCGAGAUGCCGGUCCUCGAGCGGCAGACCUUGGAAGAGAUGAGGAGGGACAGGAAACAGCUGUCGAAGGUGCAGCCUCCCAUUCCCCUCAACGACGCCGUCUGUAUGAACACUUCGACCGACCUCGUCAAGAUCGAGCUGAAGGAGAACGACAAGAUCAACGAGGUCGAUCCGUUCUGGACCACUACCUGUGAUAAAUUUAUGGAGCAAUUACGUAAGAGAGACGUGAAGAAACGGACACGCACGCAAAACCUCAGCGGUAACGCGUCGUCGAAGCCCGAAGACACGGCCGUUGACAGCGACCGGGAUUCCGACACCAACGCGUCGUCGCUGGCUCAGAUCAGGCCCGAGAACAUAAAGAAGGAGGAACCGUUUGGCGAGCUGAGCGCCGAAGACAAGUCGUCGGAAGCAAAGAUCGAGGAAGCCGGGGACUCGGUUUUCAAGAUCAAGACGGAGCCCGAGCUAAGUAAGGACGACGAUUCGGACGAAGUGCCGUUGAUUAAGAGAGCGACGAGGCACAAGUCGAUCAAGAAGGAGGACAGCGACGGCGACGAGGAGGUGAUAUGCAGAAAGAGGAGGGUCCGUCGUGGCAGCAGGAUCAAGCUCGUCUCGUCGAGCGGCAGCGAAUCCUCGAGCGAGGACAGCGACGGCAGCACCGAAUUCGGCCGCGGUUCUUCGGUGGCCGACAGACUGCGCGCCAGGAAGCGGUCGAUGAACAACACCUUCGAGAACGAGGGUAUGAAGCUUCGCUCGAGGGAUGCGACCCCUCACAAGGCGGGCAACACGGAGAAGGAGCCGACGAAACUGUCGCCACCCAAAGGCGGGCCCUCCUCGAAGCGCAAACCGAAGCCGCUGUUCGGUGACGGCAGCGACUUUCGACCUGGGUGGGAGGAGGAGGUCUACGUGUACAAGAAAUCCCUGAGGAUGCCCACUAGAUUGAUAACCGUGUCGAAACCGUCGCGCUUCCACCGACUGUCCACGUCGCUGCCGGACUUGGACCCCGGCUCGCCGGCGUUAUCCGUCUCGAUGGACAGUUCCGACGUCUGCCUCAGUCGCAAGAAGCUCAUAGACAGCGACAUGGAGUCCAAUUACAGCUUCGGUAUCGCCGGUAAGAUCGACGACGAGGAGGCGACUUCGUCGACGACCGUUUCUUGUCCGCCGAAAGCCAUGAAGCAUUCCCGCUCGGAAAACAGCUCCAUUGUCGAUGUUCUCGCGCAGAAGGUCGGCAGCGACAAGAUCGACUCGAAGAGGAAACUCAGCCCGAAAGGUAGCAAGGUCCUCAAUAAAAGCAGCAACGAACCGGAGCUCUUACCGACGCCCAGUCUCGGCCCGACGCUGUCGUCCGUGACGUCCAAGAGGAACAAGAGUCCGCUGAAGAAUCACAAGUCCAUGCUGAGAGUGACGGACUCCAACCUGCUCGGCUACUUCCGCAAAGAGACGGUCAACAACUUCCGCGAAGCGUUCAAGAACAACCACACGCUGCCCAACGAGUUCUCCACUCUGGUGCUGAAGAGCAGAACGAGGACGGAGACGAAGGUGAUGAAGAAGGAGGCGACCAUCCGCGAGGUCUUCGGCGAAGAUAGGCCGGCCUCGGCGCCACCGAUGCAGAAUCGCGACGACACGUCCCAAGACGACGACGACGACUCGCAAAAUGAGACGCUGGGGAGCACGUUGGGGAAGGCGCGCACUCUGAAGCAGAGGCUGGUGUCCCGCUUGAAGAACACCAGCAUACAGCGGAGUCGCAAGGCGAUCGUCAAUAAGGCGAUGGCCGAGCGGCGGAAAGACUUGCUCAAGUCGAUCGCGGACAAGACGCUGCGUCGCAUCAAGCUGGAGGAGGAGGAGACCGUGCAAGAUGAGACGAACGACGCCAGGGAGGAGGAAAACAACGAGAUGGAGGACGACAAGAACGACCCGGAGGCUCCCGGUAAAAAGAGACUGAAGCUUCGCACCAGCCGACGUAAAUUCCGCUCUGGAUUCGAUUAUAUUCGUAAGAAGAAGAAGCCGAUGAAGAGGGAUGAGACGUUGCCGAAGGAAAAGAAGAGACAAGUACUACCGAGGCCCAAUCCGGAAUGCGUGGGCGAUAUUCAGUCGGAGAUCAGGACGUGGGUUAUCAAGAAAGGAGUCGGCGAGACGAUCCUGCACCGCGCCGCCAGGCUCGGUUACACGGACGUGGCCGCUUAUUGCCUGGAGAAGCUCAACAACAUAGCGAGUCCUAAGGACAACGCGGGAUACACUCCGCUUCACGAGGCCUGCUCCAAAGGUCACCUGGAGAUUGCGAAGCUCUUGCUGGCCUACGGCGCGAACGUCAGCGAGAGCGCUAAUGGCGGUAUCAGGCCACUGCACGAAGCGGCGGAGAACGGCGCCACCGAGCUCGUACGGUUGCUGUUGUCUUACGGCGCCGAUCCAUUGUUAGCUACUUACUCCGGACAAACGCCGCUGACGCUAGCCGUUGACACCGAGGCUCACUCCAUUCUUGAACAGCAUCUGGAUGACGUUCAAGGUCGUGCCACCGUCCCGUGGUCGUUCCCCGUUACGAGUUCUGCUGUUGAUUCCGAGGAGACGGGCUGCAAUUCGCUGGACGAAGCCCCGUUGGGUAGUCCCGAGCCGAGCCUGGACGACGUCGAGAUGGAAGUGAGCGACAUCAAUCUGCCCGCCCUGUUCAUCCUGAAAAACGACUCUGACAAGUGGGUGCUUCUGCACGACCUCAUGGCGAUCUUGAAGGUGAAGAGUCGCGACGCCCUCCUACGUCAGAUCAAUCCGAAGGCGCACUCGGGGCCGCCCACAGUGGCCCAUCGCGAGGUGAUGCGCGAGCUGAAGCUGCCAGACUUUCUGGAGCAGACGCGCUGCUGCCACUUGCUGAGCGGCGGCGAGAAGAUCAAUGUGCGCGGCUCCAAGGUCACGCUCAUCAAGUACAACGACAAGGUCAAGUCCCUGCUGAACGUGGAGAAGGUGUUGAUUAGUCUCAGGUGACAGGAGGCGUCUCUGGGGCGUUCGUCUCCCCAGGCGAGACCGUCGACCUCGAUUCUUCCGGCCAAGGAACACCAUAAUAAGAAAACCGACGGCAAGGCCGUCGUCGUGAAACGUGAACGCCAGCCAGUUUUCCGCCAGCGGAAACGGUAGGGGACAGGUGACGGAAACUCCGGGCUGAGCGUGGCCGAUGCCGAUCUCCGACUGUGAGAGAUUGCGAUCCUCGCCGAGAUGCACUUCGGUGCCGCAAACAACUGGAACUGACUUGCAACGUGAGAAUCGCUUCGAACGCUGUGAUGGACUCACUGCUUGUUUCAACGAAGAUAGACGCUGGAGACCGAGAUGAAGAAGUAGGAGGCAAGUUCCUGUUUUAUGCGCCGAGAAAAUCCGACCGAGCGACCCAUUGGCAACGAGGGAUCGUCGCCACACUGAAGAUCACACUACUUAUAUGCCUGUCCAAAGACAUUCUCCGGCGUCUCUCGGUUCGAUUUCAAGGUAAAUCGACCGGAUCGUGUGAUCUGUCCUAUAGUGCACGAAUGCGAAGUUUUACCGGCGAUCAGAGAGAUACAAUCGGGUUCCGUUCCUUCACUCGAAUGACCGAGUCCGUCGAUCUCUGUCACGCGCGAGGAGCCGUCUUGACGUGUGCGGUCGAGACUUCGAGGCUCGUACACCGGUGCAAAUGUAGUUUUAGCACGAAACGAUUGUCUACCUGAUGCGCAGCUAAGAGUGAGGACAAUGGAAAUUAGCUACCUGUGACAUUACAUAUAGCAGUAUUUAAUUGGGAUAUAUGCGCGUGUAUAUCCGUAGAACGAUGAUAUUUUAUUAAUUCUCUUAAGGACUGAUCAAUAUCAGAAGUUCGUUAACGUGUAACGCUUUUAGGCGAAGAGAACAAGAGGAGAGGUAUCGUGUUUGAGGCGCAACGACAGACGAAGCGAAAGGUCUCUCGGUCAGAGAGUGAGGGAGAAAGUUUUUCUCCCGAGCGUCGAACCGAGUCUCGGAAAUAGUAAUAGUGUUAGUAAUAAUUAAUAAAUUAUCUUGGGAGGAAUAAAGCGUGGCUGUCGUAUCGGAUAUAUUUUUAUCUCGCACGUGGCUUCGCGAGGUUUCUCCUUUUUUUUUAAACCACUUUCUUUAGGGAAAAUUCGGUCCGAGAAGACUCGUGGAAUUGAAAUGCGCACAGCUGCGCGUUUCAUGACGCUCCGUGUGUGUGUGUGUGUGUGUGUGUGUGCGCGUGAUGUCUGUGCGUAUGUGUGCGCGCGUAUUGUAGCGUUAGUAUCUUCUUCGAACUCUAUUACGGAACGCGUCGUUAUAUUUAGAAUACAAGGAUAAACGUUUAGGGCGUGACAUCGAAAUUGCUGAUCAUGUUACCACGUCUUAGUCUUACAUUUCUGUUUUUUCCUCCUUUUGCCGGUCUUUGUUCGAAGGAAUCAUGUGUUAUCGCGCGAAUUAUAUAUUUAUGAAGUCCUCAUUAAUCGCUUCAUUGAUCAUUGGACGCAUAUAGGUGCUUGCGGAACUGAUUCGGGUUUCAAUUCGUUGAGUCCGGAGUUGCUAUCUCGCCCGUUUAUAGGAGAUACUAAGAGACACGUCUACGUUGUUGGCGAGUUGAAGAUGCAAAUUUGCCGUCUAGUCUAUCUCGACGAAGAAAAUGCACACAAGAAUGUCGGUUGAAACUCUUGGUUCGCGCGAGGAGAAGCUGCUUGUAUCCGUAGUUUCCGGAACAGCGGUCAGUUUUAAUUCGAAUGAAGGAUGGACUCGACGUCGAUAGCUAGCUCAAUUCUUACGAAGUGGGAAGUGCAAUUCGCGAAAUGAGUUUUCUUGUUUCUUUUUUUUUUUUUUUGUUAAUCGUCUAGGUGAAUCGAUCGAUGUUCAUAGGAAUUGUAAAGAGAGAGAGAGAGAAGCAGAGCGAAAGGGUGAUAUAUAUGAAAUUAUAUUAUUACGAAAUGUAAUAAUUCGGCUGAACACCGUCGAAUAACGCUCAUUGUGCAAUAAAAUGUAACUAUAUUUUAUAUUUUAUCUUCGAGUUACUUCUGUUUUGCGAUAAAACGGAGCAAUGUGUUAACGCGUCGUAUUGGCGAUCAGAAACUCGCUGACGAAACAAUCUUUCCGAGAGGUAAAGGAAAAUUUUUUAGUCUGUGGGGAAUGAAUGACGCAAGAGUUAUCAAGUGUAAUCAGCGUAUGAUGAAAUAUAAUACGACUCGCGCGAGAAAGUUCAAAUUAAAGAUAUUUAACAUAAAGUAGGCGCGCGUAUUUUUAUUUUAUAUUUACACACACGUAAAUCAGAGAUCAUCGGAUCAUGAGAAAAGGGGAGAAGGAUGGAGAAAAAGGGAGGAGAGAGGAAGAGAGAGAGAGAGAGAGAGAGAGAGAGAGAGAGAGAGAGAGAGAGCAGCGAGUUUCGGUCACCGAAACGACGUCGUGUGUUCGAUCGAAGCAAUCUAGGAUGAUAAAUUUUAGCGGAAAGUGUGAGGAGCUAUUUUAAACGUUGACAAUGUUCGUCGAUAGUACUUAUCGUCGUCCCGCAACGUCCCUUGUACGUCGACUUUUUCGGCGGUGGAGAAGGGACAUUCAGUGUACGGACACGUGUGCAUAUGGACGUUACGGGACGGGGUGCGAGGGGAGAAAAAUAAAAAAAAAGAAGGAACGAAGCGUGUGAAGGCUCGAUUCGCAAUGCUGGUAAUGCUGUUGAUAACACGUUUAAUUUUGGCGCCGUGCACAGAGGUUUCACUCCUUAUAAGUCUCAGGGAAAAAUCCAUGUGUAUUCUGGAAAUAAGAAAAAAAACUGACGGUGUACGACGGACGACGUAUGCGUAUGCGAGCGACGCGUAUCAGUAUGCGCGAACGUAUGUGUGUGUGUGUACAGUAGCGUUAGGUGUAAAAACAAAACCGUUCGCUACGAUUAGGAUUAAUUAAUAUCUGAUGAUAUCGAGUGAUAUUAAUUAAUGUUAAUUGAUAUCGAUUCUCAUCGUGCGAGUUGAUUCACGCGCACGGGAGGAGCGUUUAAUUUUAUUUAACUGAUGACUCGAGUACACGCGAGAACAGAGACGCGCACGCGCGCAGUUAUUACCGAUUGUAUAUACCGACCUAUUUUCAGCAAAAAGAAUCGUAAACGAAAUAGAAAAUAGAACAGAGCGAAACGCAAGAGGAUUAAUUUUCCCCUUCUCUCCCUCCACCCCCCUUCUUUUUCCGCCCUCUGCGUUCGCUCGUAAUUUCCGUACGAUCUUCUUCUCUUCUCGGAGCCGUCGAAGAGCACGGGAGAAAGAAAGAUAGGAAGGAAACCGAAGUGUACGUAUUGUAUGUAUCUUUUACUUUAACUAGAUGCGACAAGUAAGAUGUAACAAGUAGAACCGCGAUACUUGUUCAUAUUAGCGCGUAUUGUCCGUGUAAUGUAAAUCAUUAAUCGACUUCGAAGUAGUCACACACUGUAUAAUAAUAUUACUAUUAUACUACCGCGAUUAUCGCUACUACUAUUACUGCUGCUACCACUGCUACCAACUACUAUUAUUACCAUUAACUAUUAAUAUCUACGAAACUAUCUGCUUUUUUAUUGUACGAUAUAUACAUAAUAGCUAGAGAUGGAUGUAAAUUUUCUUAGUUAUGUAAUGUUCACACAUCGCCCCCACUGCUCGCCCCCAACCCUUCUUGUAAUUUAUAUAUUCAAGAAACUUCUUUAAAUGUGUUAAUGCUGCUGCUUGCGAAAAAGAAAUUAUAUAUAAAUAUAUAUAUAUAAAUGAACAAAUAUAAAUAUAAGUAUAUAUAUAUAUACACACA